AGCUGUGAACCGUUCGCUUAUUUAGUUUCCGUCGCAGUGUUUGUGAGGAUCAUUUUAAGAGCGUCUUUUAAAUUUUUGUUUAGGUUAAGUAAAUCAGCCGAGUUGUGGAUGCCAGCUGCGAUGUCGUGGGACUUCAAUUUACCGGUCAGCGUGGAUGACCUCGUCAAGGCGGGUGGUGUGGGCCAGUACGUGGUUCAAGAUGUUUUAACUCCAAAAGAGCUGCCAUCUCAUCUCAACAGAUUUAAACUUGCUCUGCGUAACCAGGGCCCACUGAGUAUCCUCGAGCAUUUCGACACAACAUACAGCGUGUUACAGCACUGGCGAACUCUGGACGUGGCAAUGAAGGAGGAAACUUUGGAAUUACUUAUACAAGUGGUCAGAGGCCUGUCGGUAUCCCUGCCCUCUAUGCUCGAUUCUGGCGCUCUCUCAUCCGACGACCGCAAGCUGCAGCUCAACGCUGUUAAGAUGGGCGUCUUCCUGCUCUGCAAGUUAACCGAGACCCUGGAGAGUGAUUCUUACAGGCAGAGUAUUGUCACUGCCCCAGUCAAGGGUGGUAAGAAGAAUAAAGGCGGCGAGGGCCUGAUGCAGUGGGAGUCGGAGAGGGAGGUGGUGCUGCAGUGUCUCUCUCAGCUCCUGCAGCUGGACAUCCGCUCCCUCUGGAGCCUGUCACUGGUGGAGGAGGAGUUUGUCAGCUGCGUGACGUGCUGUUGCUAUAAGCUUCUGGAGAAUCCUACCAUCAGCCACGUGAAGAGCAAACCUACCAGAGACUUAAUCAUACACAUAAUUGGGGUCAUGAUCAAGAAAUACAACCACAUGCUGGGAGCACGCGUGAAGGUGAUCCAGCUCCUCCAGCACUUUGAGCAGCUGGCUGGGGUGUGUGCGCAGGCUGUAGCUACCUGGAGCACUGAGUUUGGAGUUAAAGCCAUCGCGGGAGAGAUCAUGAGGGAGAUUGGUCAGAAGUCCAGUGAGGAGCUGAGCAGAGAGGGCUCUGGGGUGAAGGCCUUCUCCAGCUUCCUGUCUGAGCUCAGCACCCUGGUGCCUGAACUCAUGAUCCCCAACAUCAGUGUCAUACUCUCACACCUGGAGAAAGAGAGCGCCAGUAUGCGCGUUGCUGUGUGUGAGAUUCUCGGAGAGGUGCUGGUGCGCAUUCUGACCGGAGACCGUCUGGAGGAUUCCGCUCGGGCCGACCGCGACCGCUUCCUGGACACGCUGCAGGAGCACAUGCAUGACGCCCACUCCAACGUGCGCACGCACGUCCUACAGGUCUACGCGCGCAUCGUCAACAGCAAGGCUCUGCCGUUGUGCCGCUACACCGAGGUGAUGGAGCUGGCUGUGGGCCGUCUGGGUGACAAGUCUGUCAACGUGUGCAAGAGCGCCAUCCAGCUGCUGGCAGCCUUCAUUGCACACAACCCCUACAGCGGCAAGCUCAGCAGUGCAGACCUGAAGAAGCCCUUGGAGAAAGAAGCUGCCAAACUGAAAGAGAUGAAGGACAAGAUGGCGGAGAAGUCGCCGGUUGCUGUGAUCUCGGCUGCUGAAUUGUGGUCUGCGAUGGAGCCAGAGCUUCUACAGACGGCCAGAGCCCACCUGGAACCCGACAGUGAGGAGGAGUGGGAUGAGGAGGAGGAGGUCACUGGAGAAGAUGAGGGCAGCGACCGAGACACUGCCAUCCAAAUUGCCCAGCUCCUCAGAGACAACAAGUAUAGGCAGGCAGUGCGUGCGUGUAUUCAGGCCCACGGCCGUUUCCCAGACUCCAAGUUCUUCUCUGGCCUCUCCACCCUGAACACCCAGGCAGUGAUGGACGCCCUGGGCCAUCUGUUUAAAGGGUCAGAGGAUGAGGAUGAGCAGCCCCAGGAUGCGGCUCAGCUGCCUCCUCCCCCCUCCUCCGAGGAGGGCCAGGGCGCGGAGAGGGCCAAGGACGGGGUGGACGAGGGCGAGCUGAAGAAGCAGGAGAUGCUGGUGCAGUACCUGAGGGACACGGAGGGCUUCGCCCUGCAGGUGGAGAGGGCCAUUGCCAUCAUCAACAACAUGCUCUACUGGAAGACCACCACAGUGGUUCAAGAGGCCAUGCAGUUCUGUGUGACUGCGUAUGAGUUCAGCGUUGCCAACUCGCUGUCGGGUGUGAGGAAGAUGCUGCCGCUGGUCUGGUCCACGGACACCGCGGUGAAGGACGCAGUGGUGCAGGCCUACAGGCGCCUCUACCUCAAUCCUCAGGGAGACAACACCAGGGCCAAAGCGCAGACUCUGGUGGACAGCCUGUCCGAGCUGAUGGUGGACGCCUCUCUGGGAACCAUCCAGUGUCUGGAGGAGAUUGUGCAGGAGUUCUUCAGCAAUGAGACUGCUCUGCAGGUGUCUGUGGUGCAGGCGCUGUGGGAGAGGUUCUCCGGCAAGCGGGAGACCACAGCCCUGCACAGGCGCGCUGCCGUCCUGCUGCUGGGCAUGGCCGCACGGGCGGAGAGAGAGGUGGUCCUCAGUAACCUGGACACACUCUGCUCAGUGGCUCUGGGGGAGUCUGUAACGGAGGAUUACCUGCUGGCCAGAGACACGGUCAUCACCAUCUGCAACAUCACCGAUCAGAUUAGGCUGUCCAAAGGAGCCCCUUUCAGGCUGCCUCAGGAUCACCAGCUCUUCAGCUGCCUCACCCAGGCCAUCGCUGAUGGGGUUGUGCUCUCCGACCCCCACUGGCAGACCUUCAUGGAGCAGGCCGUGCGUCUCAUCUACUUCCUGGCCGAGUCACCUGACCAGCUGUGUGGCCACCUUCUCCAGCGCUCCGCUCGCCUGCUAUUGGAGCAGGCCACUGAGGCUGGACCAAUAAGCCAAUCAGACGAUACAGUUGUUGCGCAAUCACAGAUGGAGGAGACUAUCCAAUCACAGGGUUCCUCCCAGGACCUGAAGGAACCGGGACAACAAGUGAGCUGUGUGUCUCUGGCCCAGCUGCUGGCUCUGUGUGGGGGCGUGACCUUCUGGCAGGUGUCUCACCUGGAGCGCAGCGUGAGCGCCGAGCUCCGCAGGAGGAGAGGAGAGAGGGAGGAGAAGGAGGAGAAGGGACCCACCAGCAAGUCUAAGCAAGACGGCAAUGACAGUGUGGAGGAGGAGCUUGGCUUGGUUGGCGCCUCGGCGGAGGACACAGAGGCCGAGCUGAUCCGCAAGAUCUGUGAGUCGGAGCUGCUGGCAGAGGAGAAUCUGCUGUGUGUGUUUGUGCCGCUGCUGGUGAGGGUUUGCAGCUCACCAGGCCGUUACGCCCAUCCUCAGCUCACCGCCGCAGCCUGCCUCGCUCUCUCCCAGUACAUGAUGAUCAGCCCUGCUGCUUGUAAGGAGCACAUCCGUCUCCUCUUCACCAUCCUGGAGAAAUCCCCCCUACCCAUUGUGAGGUCCAACACAAUCGUUGCCCUCGGCGACCUCACUGUGCGCUUCCCAAACAUUCUGGAACCCUGGACUCCCAACCUCUAUGCCAGGUUGAGUGACGAGAACGCCUCGGUCAGGCUGACGGCCAUCACAGUCCUCACGCAACUGGUGCUGAAGGACGUCAUGAAGGUCAAAGGUCAGGUGAGCGAGGUGGCCGUGCUUCUGCUGGACCCGGAGCCGCACAUCGCCAGCCUGGCAAUCAAUUUCUUCAACGAGCUCUCCAACAAGGACAACGCCAUUUAUAACCUGCUGCCUGACAUCAUCAGCCGCCUUUCUGACCCAGAGAGGGGUAUGAAGGAGGAGGACUUCAACACCAUCAUGAAGCAACUGUUCUCUUACAUAACCAAGGAGAAGCAGACGGAGAGCCUGGUGGAGAAACUCUGUCAGCGCUUCAGAACGGCAAAGACUGAGCGCCAGUGGGCGGAUCUGGCCAUGUCCCUCUCCCUGCUCUCCAUGUGUGAACGGGGCUUCAAGCGGCUGCAGGAGUGCUGGGAGUGCUACAGCGACAAGCUCACUGAGGCCGGCGUCUACCAGCCCCUCCUGUCCAUCACCGCCAAGCUGCGCCGAGGAGCCAAACCCCUGUUCAAGGCUCAGGUGGAGGAGUUUGAGAAGAAGCUGACGGCGGUCCACACCAAAGGUCUGGAGAAUGUAGAGAAUGAGGAGCUUGAGGCUCAGAGUGAAGAGCAAAGCCAGACGCAGCUAGUCAAAACCCCAGCACCCCCACGCAGCACUCGCAAGACCAGAGGUCGGGUUAAAUCCACUAUUCCGGAGGAAAGUGACCUUGUGACCCCUAAACAAAAGACAGGCCGACGCCCUCGUAAGGUCAUCGUCUUCAGCAGCGAUGAGGAAGAGGAGGAUGCUGUUAUGGAGGAAAGUGAGACUCCCAAAGUGACCACGCCCAUCUCUCGGUCCUCGCGGCGCACUCGUCUGCGCCACUGAGCCUCGUCUUCCAUCUUGCCUUUUUAUCAUGGGUCAUUUUUAAUGUUAAUAUUAGCAUCGGAGGUCCGAGCAGCAAAGCUGCUGGAACUAUUUUUUUUUUUACUAUGAUAUAUAUUUUUUUUUAUUAUUUUUUUUUUUAAAGACAUCUUUCUUGUGUAACUAAUGAUUACAUAUUAAGAGUUUUUCAGCAGAGAACUUUAUCACAGUUGUCCUGUCUGUAUUGGUUUGUUUGUUUGUAGUUGUCUUUACCCUUUAAGGAAAUGAUUUGCAAUGUGAAAUCUCUGGGAAAAAGUCACAGGAAACCAUAAAUAAAUAAAUAGCCAACAUCCCAAACAGCCUGCACCUCUGGAUGCUGUGAGCGGUCUUUGACGGUCCACCUCUGGAUGCUGUGAGCGGUCUUUGACGGUCCACCUCUGGAUGCUGUGAGCGGUCUUUGACCUGCACCUCUGGAUGCUGUGAGCGGUCUUUGACGGUCCACUGCAGGAGUCGAUGGUCAUGUUUGACCUCUGGUGAUGGUGUACAGCUAUGGAGCCCUGCGGUCUGCGACCACCAGUGACCUUAACCCUCGUUUUUAUGUUUCCUCAUCUCUCAUGUGUGUUGACCUUUUGUCUGUCUUCAUUUUAAUGUUCACAUUUUGAACUGGUGGUUUUAACAGAUGCACUUCAAAUAAAUCUGAAUAACUUUUUACAAA